ACGUGUAUUAGUAAAUGUAUGGCUGUGGAGUGUUUCAAAGAUAAUAAGUUGUCAGAUGGUGUGAUAUCGUUAUUGUUAUCAAGUGAUAAGUGACAAAUGAUAAGACAGUCAGUGAUUAGUGUUCCUUGGCUCGACACGCAUCAUGCCGCUUUAAACUAUGGAGUUGGACCUGUUAAUUGUUACGUCGGUGCUGGGCGGCGUAUCGCUGCUGCUGCUGGUGCUGGUCCUCGUGCUGUUCCUGCAGCUUAACUCCUUGAAGAGGCAGUUGCAACAGACUCCUUCUAUAAGAGUGCAGAAACUCAGGAUGGAUGACAAAAACCACGCGUUCCAGAACCCAACGAUAUCGCCCGAUGAGGAGCUGUCCCGGCGAGGCUACUCUAUGUACGUGCCCGAAGACGUCGAGAAAGGCGCCGAGAGGGGAACAGAGCGGCAGACGGGUGGGCAGUUUGUAGAGGAACUCUCUCGCGAGCUGGACCACCGGCAGCAGCGGCAGUCCACGGCGCCGCCAUUCCUGCUGCAGAGCAUCCAGGAGAACAAGAGGAAGAGCCUGACCAACCCUGCGGCCAGGCAGAGUGAGACUAACCCGAACUUCAUAUACUAGAACAGCAGAAAACCAAGAUUCUGUUCCUUCCUUCCAUUUUCAAACCCGGACGCAACCGAAGCUUAGGUGACUUCAUAUAUGUAUUAGGAAACUAGAAAAAAACCAUGGCUCAAAGCAUGGCUUGAUCCCACAGCAAACCUCGUAGAACCAUGUCAAAAACCAUAUAAAACCUACAGUUAUGAUGUUACCUAUACCUACGUUUGUCCGGCGGUGAUGGUUUGAAGUAUUUAUUAUUAAAAUUCAAAAUCUGAUGAAAUGGCCAUUAUACCUCCAUUUCAACACUGGUACUAUACCUUUUCCUUCCCUUUUCUUUUAUUCUGUUUACUGAUUAAAGGAUGACUCACGUUAGACCGGGCCGAGUCCGGGCCGGAGCUUCCGGCGCUUCGUUUUCUAUGGAAAGCAUCACGUGAUCACCUGUAUCAUAGAAAAGUAAGCGCCGGAAGCUCCGGCCCGGUCACGGCCCGGUCUAACGUGAGUCAUCCUGAAUUGGGUGUUCUUUAAUUUAAAUCAAUGCCCUUUUUAGGCAACCAAACAACCCUGAAUACGGUGUGUUAUUAUUUAAUACACCGUAUACAAAUUAAUACAUAUUGUUCGAUUCUAGUGCACGAAAACUACAUGGUGUGAGAUGUGAGCAUGGCCAUUGCAACAGCGUUUCUCUGUCAUAAAAGCAUGCGUUUGGCAGAAAAAUAAAAAUAAAACUACAAGAAUACAUAAUCGGCAUGCACGUACCAAAUAAACUCCAAUAAUUUCAAAAUGAAUGCAAAGCUUGUUUUAAAACUGGUACUGUCUGAUGUCUGAGCACACGAGGACGCCGUGCGCUCAUUCACCACACAAUGCCAACUGUGAGUGAAAAUGUGCCAUUUUCAACCAAAAGGGUACUUAUUGUCGCUUGUCUGUAAGGCGCUAUUUCCAUAUAGCUUCAAUUAAAAAUCAACCUUAUCAACAAGCGACAAUGUGGUACCUUUUGGUUGAAAACGUCACAAAUGCUUUUUAACCAGCUUUCGAAAGAAAACUACGGUUCAAAAAGGUAAUAAUUUAUUUUAAGAUUUACAAUUAAGUACGAUUAAAGCUACUCUACAUCUU